AUGUCUUUCCCCGCCUACACCCCCAAGGCUCGCGUGCAGAAGCCUGCGCCCGCCUUCGCUGGCACCGCUGUCGUUGACGGCACUUUCGAGGAUGUCAGCCUCACUCAGUACACCUCCGCUAAGCAGUGGCUCAUCCUCGGUUUCGUGCCGAUGGCAUGGACCUUUGUGUGCCCGACCGAGAUCCUAGCCUUCAGCGACCGAGCAUCCGACUUCGAAGCCCGCGGCGCCCGCGUGGUCUUCGCCUCCACCGACUCCGAAUACUCGCUGCUCGCAUGGACCAACACAGCGAAGAAGGACGGCGGCCUCGGCAAGAUCAAUAUCCCGCUGCUGUCGGACAAGAACCACUCGAUCAGCAAGGACUACGGCGUCUUGAUCGAGGAGGAGGGCAUUGCCCUGCGCGGUCUGUUCCUCAUCGACCCCAACGGCGUGCUGCGCCAGAUCACCAUCAACGAUCUUCCCGUUGGUCGCAGCGUCGACGAGGCCCUCCGCCUCAUCGAUGCCUUCCAGUUCACCGACAAGUACGGCGAGGUCUGCCCCGCUAACUGGAACCCCGGCAUGGACACCAUCAAGGCCACUCCCGAGGGCAUCAAGGAGUACCACGGCAGGAACGGAGACGAGAAGAUGAGCGACGCUAAGGCUACUAACGGUACUCAUUAA